AUGCAAAGAGACAUCGAAAAAGUACUGGGUUUUGCCCUACCAUAACUAUCUGAGAACCAAAUUAUCACCAUGAUGAAGCAAACUCUCAGGGAUGAGGAAUAUCAGAAUCUAAUCUUUAGACUUGAGCAGCUUAAGAAUACAAAAAUUAAGUCGAAAACACAACUCCCUGAUACUUAAACUUUGAGAUUGAAAAACAUCUAAUAAAUCUAAAUAAGUGCAUUAGAUAAUGAACCUGACCUCACUAUUGUCGAAAAACUCUACCUUUAAAGGAGUAAAGAGGAUUCUAUGUCAAGGGUUUUAUCCGACAAGGAAUAGCAGUUAAUUCCAACCAAAGAAUUUGAGGCUGAAUUCAGCUAAAACUAUAAAGAAAUGUUGUCUUCUACUAGAGAACCAACAGUCUACAGAUCAAAUCAGAGGCUUAUUCAAAUAACUGGUUAAAUAUAGUUGCCAUUAUAGAACACAAACUCAAAUCAUAAUUCAAACAGUGACACAUAGUAUUCUCCUGGAGAGUAUUCGGAAAACUCUUAAAACAACCAAAGACUGCUAAUUUAAAUUCAGGGAAAUCAAGCACAUACUGGAAAUUAUAGCCUCAACUAUGGAAUGGGCUAUCAAGAAGAAAACCUCCGAGAAAAUUAUGUGGUAAAUGAGGUUAUGAGUGAUGCGUGUCAGGAGUCAUUGAUCUUGAUGAACUCAGAUUCUUAGAUGAAAGACAUCAGCAAUUCAAAUGAUUUGAAAGACUCAACAAACUCAACUGGAGAUGCAAUUGAUAGUGAGGUUGAGAGUCUCUCUGAAGUCCUAACCAUAAGUAACAAAAUGGUUGCAAGUUUUAUGGCUACUAGAGGAGCUAUUAAAAAGACAAAGGCCAUUAGUAAGAAGUCAAAAGAGAUAUCAAAGACUUAGUCUAAUACUACAAAGUCAGCUGCAAUAAUAAUGAUUGGAAGAACCAAGAGACACAUCUAGCAUUAUUGUAUUUGCUAGAAACAGUAUGAUAACAAGAAAAUGAUUUAAUGCGAGGGUGAGUGCAAAAGAUGGUACCAUCCCUAAUGCAUUGACAUGUCUGACAGAGAAUUUUUGGAUUAUGAGACUAAAUAGAAGACCUAAUUCUUUUGUGAUGUCUGCAAAAUUACUGCUAUUUCAGAGUAUAGCAAUGAACUUAUGGUUGAAGAGACUAAUUCAAAAAAAGCUAGAAAUGCAAAAAGUCGCAAGGUUACCUUGAAAACUAAGUUCUCAAAGCCCAAUCAUGAAAUGUUCUAGGAACCAGAUACAGGAACACAACAAACAUAAAGAGUCGAUAGUUAUGGCAAAAAUAUAAUCGAAAAAAUAUACAUUCCCAAGACAAGAAUAUAAUUUGAUAACGAUGAUAAAUUCUUGCUUUACUUAGUCUCUGAUAGAUUUAAGUUCCAAAUAAUGAGGAGAUUCAAUAUAAAUAUUAUGGUGUUUGCAAGCUCUUUAUACACAGUGCAUGAAUUUUUAAUUGGGCACUAUAUCUUAUCAGCUAUAAGUUCCAUACCAUUCACAGUAGGUUUAUUUUUAAGUACUGUAUUGUAAAACCAAUCAACUUCUUCCAUAAAAGAGAUUCAUUUGAUUCAAAAUAAGGAGGAUGAAGUUGUAGAAUAAUUACUUGUUCUUAAUAUGAAUGGUGACUAAGAAACUAUCUAUAUAAAGGAUAUCAAAAAAGCCACAUCUGAAGUAUUUAGAAAGCAUUAGCAAUUAUCAUUUUUGAGAGGAGUAACAUAUCCAAUUAUGAUUCAGGAUUUAGUAAUGACCAUCGAUUUAAAAGGAAAAAUAACACAGCAGGAUGUGUUUAGAGCAAUCAUAAAUGGCUAUAAAAUUGAUCUAACUUAGAUACAAAAUUCUUUAGAAGAUUAUUCAGACAAUAAAAACAAUAAUAAAUCAGAAGACGAAGAAGAAGAUAAUAAAUAAUGA